CCUGUGAUACUGGUUUCCUCAUCAGUCCUGACUCUUAGCCACAUUUAUUGUGAGUAGGUCGCGAGUAGGCCGCGUUUUCUGUACAUUUUGGGAGAUCUGAUAUCUUACUGGCAAAAUGCUUGGGACGGUUAGCAAACAACUUAGGAGCCAUCCAGCUCUUAUUCCCUUGUUUGUUUUCAUCGGUGGUGGUUGCGUGAUGUGUGCAGCCUACCUGGCAAGACUGGGCAUCUGCAGCCCUGAAGUUAGCUGGAAUAGGAAUGGGAACCCUGAGCCCUGGAACAAAUUGGCUCCCACUUACCAGUACAAGUUCUACGCUGUGAACUUGGACUAUUCUAAGCUGAAGAAGGAAGGCCCUGACUAUUAAACUGCUACGCAUAUCAACUACUUCUAAAACAGUGCUGGACCAAAGGCUGAGAAAAAAACACCUAAACUAGAUGGCUUCGCUCAUGGAAUGGAAGUCUCUCUCGUCCCUCUUCUAACCCUGACUCUUUAUGCAAAGAUGCUGGAUCGCACAAUGCUUUGUCUUGUCCUUUUUGAAAGUUCUCUCCUUUUUAACUCCUGAGCUUUUCUGAACUUGUGUUUUUUCUCAUUCUUCAUGGUGGUCCACAGCAAUAAAUUGAGAAUCUUCUCCCUCACACAGAGA